AUGUCUUCCAAAUCCCAAUCGACAUACAGCGCUCGCGCAACCAGCCACCCCAACCCUCUGGCUCGCCGAUUGUUCGAGGUGGCCGAAGCCAAGAAGAGCAAUGUGACCGUCUCGGCCGACGUGACCACGACCAAGGAGCUUCUGGAUCUGGCGGACCGCUUGGGUCCCUAUAUCGCCGUCAUCAAGACCCACAUCGAUAUUCUCUCCGACUUUAGCGAAGAGACCAUCACCGGUCUCAAGGCCCUCGCCGCCAAGCACAAUUUCCUCAUCUUCGAAGACCGCAAGUUCAUCGACAUUGGCAACACCGUCCAGAAGCAGUACCACCAAGGAACCCUCCGCAUUUCUGAGUGGUCUCACAUCAUUAACUGCUCUGUGCUUCCCGGUGAGGGUAUCGUGGAAGCUCUGGCGCAAACCGCCCAGGCGCCCGAUUUCCCCUACGGGUCCGACCGCGGUCUGCUCAUUCUCGCGGAGAUGACCUCCAAGGGUUCUCUGGCCACAGGCGCAUACACCUCUGCCUCGGUGGACUAUGCGCGCAAGUACCACAGCUUUGUGCUGGGCUUUGUGUCGACGCGCGCGCUGAGCGAAGUUGAGAGCAGUGUGGCCCCGGCGGAUGGGGAAGAUUUUGUUGUCUUCACGACCGGAGUGAACCUGUCUUCCAAGGGUGACAAGCUAGGCCAGCAGUACCAGACGCCGCAGUCAGCCAUUGGCCGCGGUGCUGAUUUUAUUAUUGCCGGACGAGGUAUCUACGCUGCGCCUGACCCUGUCGAGGCUGCUAAGCAGUACCAGCAGCAGGGCUGGGAGGCCUAUCUUGCUCGUGUCGGAGGCCAGUAA